AAGUAAAAGCAAUCGUCAGAGGUGGAUUCUGUCAGAGCAUAAUAGAGACUGUUAGAUGCAAGUCGUCUCGACCAAUCCAACUAAUACAGCCACGUAUUGAGGAGAAAAUCAUUAUCGAUUAAAUUUACCCGUGUAUUUGACUUACACUUAUUCCAUCGACUUCUUCACGAUCACACGACUUACUAGAAAUAGCAGCUAAAUACCCUUUAAAUCACACUAAACUGGCCUGAAGAUAAUAACACAUUCUCAGAAAUCUUUGAUUAUCUUAUUCCUUCGUUUGAAAAAGUAAAAAGUUCCCCCCGAAAUAUUAUGGGAUCAUUAAACAUUAUAUGUCAGGAGAGUACACCAAUAACAUUUAACUACUACCGAUAUGCUACAAAGAAGACGAUGGCUCAGGGACUGCUUGAUGUCGCCCUUCUUAUGUCAAACGCAUCUCAACUAAAGGCAAUUCUAGAUGUUGGAGAAGCUCACGACUAUUACCAUGCUCUUGUUGCUAUUGUCAUUAUUUCCAUCAGUCUUCAGGUAAUCACUGGAAUAUUGCUGCUGAUUCUUGGAUCUUUAAAAGACCACACAGAGAGACAUGUCAGGCGGGCCAACAUACUCAACAAUAUCAUAAUUGGAUUUAUUCUUUUCAUUACUGUUGCAAAUAUUUUCAUCACAGCAUUUGGAGUUCAGUUCAGUCAAAAGAACAAAUCUCCCAACCCAUUAUUUGAUCCAAACAAUAACAAUUUUUAAAAAUAAUACUUUUUAAAUAUAUUUUUUCAUUUCUUUUUAGGUAAAAUAAAAAAAAAUCAUGUAAAAUGAAAUAAAAAUGCAAAUUAUAUAUUUUUUUUUUCUGGAUUUGGUUUGUAAAAGAAAAGAAAUUGAGAAAAUAAUCUGUUUAAAAACCAAAGAUAUUGUCAUUAAUGGGAUAAUUUAAAUGAUUUCAGAUGAAGUAAAUGAUGGCAGCAAGAGGAAAUGAUUGCAAAGGAGGAUAACUAUCUGUUUAUGUAUGAAUGUGUGUGUGUGUGUAUACAUAUAUGGGUAUAGUGACAAAGUAUAUGAGCAUGAAAAUAUGGGAGUGUGUAGAUAAGCACACAUGUAUAUGAAUGGUUACAAUUAUGUUUAUGUGAAAAUAUAUGCAUAUAUGAAUGCAUGCGCUAAUAUUUGAAUAUGCAGGCAUGCAUAUAUCUAUGAAUAUGUAAUGUGACAGAUACCAUGAGAGAAACUCUCAUAUUAACAUUUUUGUCACAAAAUGCACUCUUGUUUGUAUCACUAAUGGAGAGCUAAAUCCCAGCCACUAAUAGUGCUGAGACCACCAUAUUACAUGAUUUCAACCUUCCUUGGUCUUGUCAGUGAUGGAUACUCUACUGCUAGUGAUAUAAACAAGAGUGUAUUUUACACCAAAAGCCAAUAUGAAAGUUUCUCUCAUGGUAUCUACUAUAGUAUAGUUUGUUCUAAUAGAAGAUCCAUGUUUUAGUGGGGACAAGUAUUACCUCUUGAUAUUAAUACUGCCUCUGUCACUAAUAUAUAUUACGUAAUGUGUGUGAAUGUGCAUGUGUUUAUAUGUAUGCAUGAGUGAGUAUAUGUAUGCAUCCAUAUGUGUGUGGUCACAAUGAUUUCUUUAAAAAAUAUACUCAAAAAAAUUAAAGCAAAUACCAAAAAAGAUUAAACAAACCUUUUUUUAUAAAACUUUGCAUAACAGUUUUUUGUACCUUUUACUAUUCUCAAAUAUUUUCCAUCCAUUUCCAUUUCUUUUCCAUUCUUUGACACCAGAACCAAAAGUACUGAUAUUGGUACCUCAAAUACUGAUACUACUACCAAAAAUGUUGAUAUAAGUACUAAAAAUGUUGACAUUACUAAAAAUGUUGACAUAAAGUACUAAAAAUAUUGACAUUAGUACUAGAAAUGUUGACAUAAAUACUAAAAAAUGUUGGCAUUAGUACUAAAAAUGUUGACAUAAGUACUAAAAAUGUUGGCAUUAGUACUAAAAAUGUUGACAUUAGUACUAAAAAAUGUUGGCAUUAGUACUAAAAAUGUUGACAUAAGUACUAAAAAAUGUUGGCAUUAGUACUAAAAAUGUUGGCAUUAGUACUAAAAAAUGUUGGCAUUAGUACUAAAAAUGUUGACAUAAGUACUAAAAAAUGUUGGCAUUAAUACUAAAAAUGUUGACAUAAGUACUAAAAAUGUUGGCAUUAGUACUAAAAAUGUUGGCAUUAGUACUAAAAAUGUUGACAUAAGUACUAAAAAUGUUGGCAUUAGUACUAAAAAUGUUGACAUAAGUACUAAAAAUGUUGGCAUUAGUACUAAAAAUGUUGACAUAAGUACUAAAAAUGUUGGCAUUAGUACUAAAAAUGUUGACAUAAAGUACUAAAAAAUGUUGGCAUUAGUACUAAAAAUGUUGACAUAAGUACUAAAAAUGUUGGCAUUAGUACUAAAAAUGUUGACAUAAGUACUAAAAAUGUUGACAUAAGUACUAAAAAUGUUGGCAUUAGUACUAAAAAUGUUGACAUAAGUACUAAAAAUAUUGACAUUAGUACUAAAAAUGUUGACAUAAGUACUAAAAAUGUUGACAGUAAUACCCAAAAGUAACGAUAGAAAUACAAAACAUUUUGAAAGUGAUCCAAAAUUACUAGCAGAGAUAAAAAUAUUGGCAGCAACAGCAAAAAAGCCCUGCUAUAACGAUAUAAAAAAUUCAAACAGUAAUAACAAUCUUUUGAUGAUGAUCCCAAAAAUUGAGAUGAUUGCAACAAGAUGUUAACAUUGGUAUCUAUCAUUACUAAAAUUUUAAAAAAUAAAAUUUUUUUUAUUCAAUAAA